GUAAAUUUUGAUUUGGGCCGAGAUAGGGAACAAGCGUCUAAUAGAUACUCCGUUUUGGGCCCAUUAACCCUAAAGGAACCCAAACCUUGUGUCGUCCUUCAAAACCCUCGAUCGAGAUAACGCUAUAGCAGUUUGGCAUCGCCACCGUGGGAGGGAGCGAAGGGAAGCGAAGAUGGUGACGCUGAAGCUACAGAAGCGGCUCGCCGCCAGCGUUCUCAAGUGCGGCAAGGGAAAGGUCUGGCUCGAUCCAAAUGAAGUCAGUGAAAUCUCCAUGGCAAACUCCCGACAAAACAUAAGGAAACUUGUAAAGGAUGGGUUCAUCAUCAGGAAGCCAACCAAGAUUCACUCAAGGUCUCGUGCUCGUAGGAUGAAGGAGGCAAAGCGGAAGGGUCGCCAUUCUGGAUAUGGUAAGCGCAGGGGUACUAGGGAGGCUAGGUUGCCCACUAAAGUGCUAUGGAUGAGGAGAAUGAGGGUUCUGAGACGCUUGCUCCGCAAGUAUCGUGAGUCUAAGAAGAUUGACAAACACAUGUACCAUGACAUGUACAUGAAGGUUAAGGGUAAUGUUUUCAAGAACAAACGUGUUCUGAUGGAGAGCAUUCACAAAUCAAAAGCUGAAAAGGCCAGAGAAAAAACGUUGUCUGACCAGUUUGAGGCUAAGAGGGCAAAGAACAAGGCAAGCAGGGAAAGAAAGUUUGCCAGACGCGAGGAACGUUUGGCUAAGGGUGAAAUGCUCUUUGUGCAGGGGUUCUAAGAAGACCAAGAAGUAAAUCCUUGGAAGUUGAUUCCAAGGACUUGGUGGGUCUUUUUCCGUAUUUUGUUUUUAGAUUUGCAAUUAAGUUUAUUGGCCACUUGUUUUGGUGUUCGGUUAUUUAUAAGGCAGACUUUUAGCCUAUAUGUCAGUGAAAGUUCAUGGAUUUCUAUUUAUGCUUUUCUAUUAUGGAGUAAUACUUUUAACCUAAAUGCGCUGGUUUCCUUUGA